UAGAAUCUGGCAGGGACUAGCUGAAAUCAUCCAAUGAGGACACAUUUUUCGGUUCUGUCUUAAAAUGUUUUGCUACGGUGUGCUCUAAAGAACACAACCCAGCCUACUGUAUCUUCCAUCUUAUACAUCAAGUUUUAUAGGGGCCUCUGGAAACGGGACUAUGGAGGCUAGUAGGCGGUUGGCAGCUCGCCUGCAUACCAUCACGGUGCUCGGGAAACACUUCUGGACGCACAACUUCUCCGUCUCCCUACUCUUGGAUGAGCUGGGCAAUGUGCCACAAGUCACAGGGUUGAUUUUCUGCAAAGUUCGCUUACUUGAUGGCUCCUUUACUGAGGAAUCUCCAAGACUGGAAGUCCUGCAUAACUCAGUGCAAUGGGGAAAGAUGUUUGAAUUUGAGUGCCAAACUGCAGUCAACAGCUUGUCUGGAGUCCUAGAUGACUGCAUGUGUAGAUUGUCAGUUCGCAAGGACACAAAGGGAGGAAGGUCAUACCAAAAGGUGGGUUAUGUCGACCUCAACCUGUCUGAGUAUGCAGGCUCUGGGUAUGUGACCCGGCACUGCCUCCUAGAGGGAUAUAUGAACAAGGACAACAAGCUGGACAACUCCCUUCUCAAGGUGGGCCUACAUAUGCAGCUGCUCCAGGGAGACCCAUGUUUCAGAGUUCCUACCCAGCAUUCACUGCCAAGUGGAACUUUAUCAUCUGAGAAUGUUGAGCAGCCCAGAGAAAGCACCUCCAGUCACUCUGAGCCUGGUUCCUCAGAGGACAUCCUGAGAACCAUGAGAAGGCAGCUGGUGAUGAAGGGGGGGCUGCUGCUUGAUGCCAUGCCCAGUCAGAACCCAGAGGCACAGGAGAGGGCCAGAGUUGUCAGUCAGUUGACUCGGGUCGGGAACACACGGGUGGAUGCCCAGGAUGUGGUUGAACAUCUCUGUCUAGAGAGCUUGGGCUCAGUAUUUGAGCUCCCUCCUCCCAUUGAAGAAGCUGGACUUGCACUCUUUGUUGGUCAGGAUGGCACCACAACCCUUGGUGUCACUCAUAUACAGAACAGGUAG